UAUACGUGGUCCUCACACGUCGCUUUCGUUCGGGCAGCCGAUGAAUAAGGAAGAUGGCGGCUGCAGCAGUGGUCGAGUUCCAGAGAGCGCAGUCUCUCAUUAGCACGGACCGCAACGCCUCCAUUGACAUUCUCCACUCUAUAGUGAGGAGAGAUGUCCAGGAGAACGAUGAGGAGGCCGUCAGGGUUAAAGAACAGAGCAUCCUGGAGCUGGGGACGCUCCUGGCCAAGACGGGACAGGCUGCAGAACUCGGGGGUCUGCUGAAAUUUGUGAGGCCUUUCCUGAUUUCCAUCAGCAAGGCCAAGGCGGCCCGGCUGGUCCGCUCUCUGCUGGACCUCUUCCUCGACAUGGAGGCGGCGACGGGGCAGGAGGUUGAGCUGUGUCUCGAAUGCAUCGACUGGGCCAAGGCCGAGAAGAGGACCUUCCUACGGCAGGCCCUGGAGACACGGCUGAUCUCACUCUAUUUUGACACCAAAAGAUACCAGGAGGCCUUGGCUCUUGGCACCCAGUUGCUCGGGGAGCUGAAAAAGAUGGACGACAAAGCUCUGCUGGUCGAGGUGCAGCUGCUUGAGAGCAAGACGUAUCACGCGCUCAGUAACCUGCCGAAGGCCCGCGCCGCUCUCACAUCAGCCAGGACCACCGCCAACGCCAUCUACUGCCCCCCCAAGCUCCAGGCAGCGCUGGACAUGCAGUCAGGAAUCAUCCACGCAGCAGAGGAGAAGGACUGGAAGACGGCCUACUCCUACUACUUCGAGGCCUUCGAGGGCUACGACUCCAUCGACCACCCCAGAGCCAUCACAUCACUCAAAUACAUGCUACUGUGCAAAAUUGUACUUAAAUUACCAGAGGAGGUUCAGUCCCUGAUCAGUGGUAAACUGGGCUUGCGACACGCCGGGCGACAGACAGAUGCACUGAAAUGUGUCGCCCAGGCCUGUAAGAACCGAUCAUUAGCAGACUUUGAAACGGCCCUAACAGAGUACAAAGCAGAACUGAGGGACGACCCGAUUAUCAACACUCACCUGGCGACGCUGUACGACAACCUGCUGGAACAAAACCUCAUCCGAGUCAUUGAACCGUUUUCCAGAGUACAGAUAGAACAUAUAUCGGGUCUAAUCAAACUGUCAAAGGGCGACGUCGAGAGGAAAUUAUCACAGAUGAUUCUGGACAAAAAGUUUCACGGAAUCCUCGACCAAGGAGAAGGCGUGUUGAUCAUAUUUGAAGAGCCGCCGGUGGACAAAACGUACGGCGCAGCCUUGGAAACCAUUCAGAACAUGAGCAAAGUCGUGGACUCACUUUACAACAAAGCCAAGAAGCUAACAUAGAGUAGAUGUCCACGGCAGUGCGAUGGAGGAACUGUGUGUUUGAUCGGAGUGUGUAACGUUUUAAGAAGGAGGGGGGGAUGAGAGAGAGAGAGAGCAGCAGCAGAAAGGUUCCACAUCCUGCAACAAACAGGAUUCCCCCUUCAAACCCCCUCCUCCCCCCUCAAUGGACAAUUUCAUCACUUUCUCUCGUUUUGUUUGUUUUGUUUCUCUCCUACCUGAUUUUGAUAUGUCUUCAGGAUUCUGUAUAACACUCAGCGGCCAAAUCAAGGCCAUCAGGGAAUAUUGUACAACCACAAUAAAAAAACUACAAAAAAAAAACAGAUUAAAAAGGUUUAAGAAUACAUAUAUGUUUAUAUCUGCUCUGAGGUUGACUCCACUGCAACCUCAAAGGUGCAACAUUGACCUCUGUGGCCUCAGACUCUGCUACCAACCAGUGUACGUAGACAUGAGGCUUCCUCCUUCCUGUCCACAUCUUUCAGAAGCACACUGUCAUGUUUUUGGAAGGUUUGGGAUUCUCCUUGGGAUACUGAGCUCUUUGGUCAGAGAGCUCCCUCUAGCUCUCCUAUUUUUCCUUCUUCCUCCUCAUCAUAUCAAUGCCAACACUUAUGUCCCCCCUCUGUAUUUCAGAUAUGUAUUAAACAUAUUGUUUUUUUUGCUUUUGUGUUAAGUAAAGUAAAGAACAUCAGAUGGUUGCCACAUGUCUGCCCCUCCUGCUUAAUGCGACUUUCUAGAACAGACCGGAUGCCAUUUCACCACGAGUGCCACUUUUUUUCGGCGCUUUCUGUUUUGCCUCAGUGUCUGGGUGCGAUAUGAAAUCGGAGGGCAGAGGUGAGGUGGAGACCGCCUCUUGAGUGUCUUGAGUUUCUUUUUUUUCCCCCCUGAGCGAGUAAUUCUCCAUUGUUAGUUAUUAGCACUAGUGUGGUCUGCUAGUAACCAAACAAUUUGUAUGGUUUUGAUUUUUUUUCUCUCUCUCUUCCUCUUAUAAAGACAUUUUCAAAAAUAAAUAUUUUGUAUUUUAA